AUGGUACUGGAUAUCGAAUUAUUUCGACAGCAGCCACAAUUAGUACGUGAUUCACAAAAGAAACGUUACCAAGGUCUUGAACGUGUUGAUAAAGUAAUUGAACUUGAUUCUCAAUGGCGUACAGUUCGUUAUCAAGCUGAUCAAUGGAAUAAAGCAAAGAAUCUUUGUGGACGUACAACUGGUACAAAAAAACAAGCCAAAGAAAAUGAAGGUGAUACAGAAGAUCUUCCUAAAACAUUAGAAAUUAAUCAUGAAACAUUGAAUGGUGAAGUAAUUGGAACAUUAACUAUCAAACAAAUCAAAUGUCUUAGUGGAUUAAUUGAUAAUGAAAUUGAAAAUACGAAAAAGAAAUUAAUUGAAAUUGAAAAUGAACGUAAUUCAACAAUACGUGAAGUUGGAAAUAUUGUUCAUGAAUCUGUACCUGUUAGCGAUGAUGAGGAAAAUAAUAAAAUCGAACGAACUUUUGGAGAUGUUGAAACACGUAAAAAAUAUUCUCAUUAUGAUUUAAUGUAUAUGAUUGAUGGUUAUGAUAAUGAACGAGGAGCAUCAAUUGCUGGAUCACGUGGAUAUUUUAUGAAGGGUCCUGCUGUUUUUCUUGAACAAGCAAUAAUUCAACUUGCUUUACGUAUUUUACAUGAAAAAGAUUUCGAAAUACUUUAUACACCUUUUUUUAUGCGAAAAGAAAUCAUGCAAGAAGUAGCACAAUUAAGUCAAUUUGAUGAAGAACUCUAUAAAGUUGUUUGUAAAAAUGAUAAACCUGAUGAAGGAAGUGAUGAAGAAAAAUAUUUAAUUGCUACUUCUGAACAAGCGAUUGCUGCUUAUCAUCGAGAUGAAUGGCUUCCAGCUGAAAAAUUACCAAUUCGAUAUGGUGGUAUUUCAACUUGUUUUCGACAAGAAGCCGGUUCAUCUACUCGGGAUACUCGUGGUAUUUUUCGUGUUCAUCAAUUUGAAAAGAUUGAACAAUUCUGUAUAACAUCUCCACAUGAUAAUAAAUCAUGGGAAAUGUUUGAAGAAAUGAUUGGAAAUGCAGAAGAAUUCAAUCAACGAUUAGGUAUUCCUUAUCGUAUUGUUAAUAUUGUUUCUGGUGAAUUAAAUAAUGCUGCAUCAAAGAAAUUUGAUUUAGAAGCCUGGUUUCCUGGUUCAGGAAAAUUUCGUGAACUUGUCUCAUGUUCGAAUUGUCUUGAAUAUCAAUCAAGACGUCUUAAAAUUCGUUAUGGCUUAACGAAGAAAAAUAAUGAAGCCUCGGAAUAUGUUCAUAUGUUAAAUGCAACAAUGUGUGCAACAACACGUACUAUUUGUGCUAUUCUUGAAAAUUAUCAAACUGACGAUGGUAUUGUUGUACCCGAAGUUCUUAAGCCACUUAUGCCAAAGAAAUAUUCUGAAAAAAUUCCAUUUAUUCAUCAAGCACCUAUUGAACAAGAAUCAAAGGCAACGACAAAAGUUAAAAAAUAA